AUGGCGUCUGCGCCAAAGAAACACUAGCGACUAAAUACAGGAAUGACUCCGACCUGUGAUUGGAUAAUAAAAAUUGUAAAAGUCAAUAAGUUAUAUCUUAACUCGUUGCUCGUGAGUAUUGUUCACCGCCUGUCUCGAAGCGGAACAAUGAAAUACCAAUGUAAAAACACCGAUGAGUCAAACAAGAAAUGGCUACUUACAUAACGAAGAGAAGGCAGAGUCUAUCUUGUUCAGCGAGGUCGUUCAGUGAUAUUCCGCCGAUGAAAAAGUCAUCCGCUGACAAGUUCCGCCGACAAACUCAUUUAGUCAGUUUAGGCGGACGACCAGAGACUGGAGCCAUUCGUGUAUUUCACCGCAGACAGGAAUGGCUCCAACUCAUGCGUAUAUUAAUUUUUUUUUCGUUCUGGCUAAAUAAUUUAUACACUGAGAUAAAAACUGAAAAAGCGAUUUAUUAGGUUCUUCUUAUGUUGUAGUCUACAGUGCUUGCAAAUGAAGCCCUCUUUUAUUAGUACAAGGCCAUGUAGUUUCCAAGUUUUAAAAUAAUGCAGCAACUGCAUGUCACGUUUGGAAAAUCACGCAAUGUUGCGUGACGCUGCGACCAAUGUCUUUAAUUUACAGCAUGCUCUGCUGGAGAAAUAAGGCUUGGUCGCAAUCGAAGGAGUUUUUUUUCGUGGAAAACUGAUUUUCUAGGGUAUUGUUCACAUGAAGGACAAAUCCAUUCAUCGGGCUCUUCAUCUUUUUUUGCACAACACCUAAAGGAAGAAAGUCGCGGAUUAAUUUUGCUUGGUAAUUUCUAACAACUCCACUAGACCUAAAAAAAAAAACCAAACCAAAAAAACGUCUUACCAGUCAAGCCAGUUGCAGUAGCUCUCGCACUGAAUCAUGUCGAAGUACCUUGACUGUUUGCAGUGAUGGUACAACCAAUCUUCGAACAGUUUUCGGGCAUAACAAGAAAGAGUAAAAUGAUUUUAUAAAACUUGUUCUAAAAUUAAUGAAGGCUGUUCAUCACAUGACGCUGUAUUGGAACGGGUAUAUCUCGUUUGCUAUUAUAUCACACUACUGUUUUAGACAAGGUAUUUAUACCAUUUAAAUUUAAGAAAGAAUGAGUAGAACAUAAACCACAUUUUCUGUAAAGUAUACGAGCCAUCCUAACCUAAUUUGCCAACUACUUUCUAGGCAUCGUCUGUAAAAAACCGCAAUUUUUCAAAUUUGAAAAUUUUUAGCUAAAACUGUGGCUCCCAAAAAUAUUUCUCACCUUGCCUAAAAAAUUUUCAGAAGAAAUUUUCAAAUUUUUUCACAUCUUUGCCUAUUCCUGCUCGUAAGUCCAGCCAAGCCCUUAUGGUCAUUGGCCCACGCAAUGGCCACUAUCAAUGGCUUAUAAAUAUAGGCAUUUGGUAUUGACUUGUAAAACUCCCUGAAGAAGUUUACGACAGUUAGACGAAACGCGUCAGAGAAUAAAGAAGUUUUACAACUACUGUUCGCACAGCGCUGCUCACUAGUUUAGUUUAAAAUUUUUAAAAAUUUUUUUAAAAAAAUUGUUGAAAAUUUUUUUAAAAAAAAUUGUUGAAAAAAAAAUUAAUAAACGUUUGAGUCGUAGCUAUUCCUGUCAGCGGUGAAAUACAGGAAUGGCUCCAGUCUCUGAUCGUCCGCCUGAACUGACAAAAUGAGUUAAGUCAGCAGAUUACUUUUUCAUCGCCGGAAUAUCGCUGAACGACCUCGCUGAACAAAAAAGGCUGCCUUCCCUUCGCUACGUAAGUAACCAUUUCUUGUUUGACACAUCGGUGUUUUCAGCAUUGAUAUUUCAUUGUCCCGCUUCGAGACACGCGGUAAACAAUACUCACGAGCAAGGAGUUAAGCUAUAACUUAUUAACUUUUACUAUUUUUAUCAUCCAAUCACAGGUCGGAGCCAUUCCUGUAUUUAGUCGCUUGUCCAAAGAAACCGAGGCGGACAUUGCUGAGCAAGUUUUUUCACUCUCCUUCGAGUGAGCAAAGCAAAGGUAAGGACCUUUAUUCAUUUUCGCAUGUAUUGCAUGCAUAAUGUAAAACCUUUGUAUUUCUGUGAUUUUAACGCUUCAAAUCAUGAUCUGCAUAAGCACACUUACAGAUUUCUUUGAACCGGGCUCUUACGCAGUAGAGCAAUCACCAGUAAUGUACUUGUGGUAGCGCUUAAUUAAACCCUUUAAUUAACUUUGUUGGCUCCUUUUACUAGAAAUAUUGAAACAAAAUCAAGUGCCAAGCUGCUUAGUUCUGUGAGAGACAACCUUUGGACUUGCAGUAUUUCCUUAUUGACAGACAGCGAGGGUUCUGUUAAGCUUACAAGUAUACCUGUUGGUUCGUUGGCGUACGAAGGCACAGUAGUGUUUUUUGGUGUGAGAGAGUUUCAGUCACAGGACUGUUGGUUAAAAACAGGAAAUCUUAACUAUCUUUAAUAAUUCCUUUGUGUUGGAAUGAAGGAGGAUGUAAUGAAAGUACACUUCAUAGUGGUGAAGCUCAUGUUGCAGUUGAUAUGAAUCAUUUCUUGAGUACUAGUUUGCUCCAGCGCAUAAGGUGGUACAAAAUAUAACAAGAAUAACCAUGGCUUAUUAUUUUUCUUCAGCAGGCGCCCCUGUGGACACCAAAAUUAAUCCAAAACAUCAUUCAACCAAACCUCUCCCUACUUCUCGUGCAAUUGAGCUAAUAAGCCAGUAUUUUAAAGAGUCACCAGGACUUCACUAUUUUUAUAAAUGCAAAGAAGGUUGUAAGAAAUUAUGUGAUGGUCGUUUUAAGCAUGAGUGGAUUCUUGAUAGACAAGUCGGAUAUUGUGAGAAAACCGGUUUGUGGUGGCUGGUAUAUGAAGAGGGGAAUGGUAUGUUUUGCUUGUUGUGUAGAAUGCACGAUUUUGAAAAUCCAUUUAAUCAACAAAAGAAGUUUAACCAGGUCCCUGCUGUAAGAUUUAAAAAGAGUGCACUGGUUGGAAAAGAUGGAUACAGUGGCUCACAACAACAUGAGACGGCCAUCCAGAGGGAGCACAAUAAACGAAUAUCGUACUUUCAUGAAGAGUUCGAAACCCAGCUACAGACAAAAGAUUCAGUGUUGCACCAUGCUUUCCUGUCAGCAUAUUGGUUGGCCAGAGAAGAAAUUGCUAAUCGCAAGUUCACAUCUUUGUUGGAACUAGAGGAGAUUCUUGGCGUUCCCGAAAUACGUCGUUUUGAUCACAGAUCUCAGGAUUCACAACGAGAAUUGUUUUUGCUGCUGGGCCAAGCUUUGAAGGAUGAAAUAGUAAAGAAGGUAAAGAACGCAAACAGCUACGGCCUGAUGGUGGAUGAAGCCACCGAUGUUUCCGUGGUAGAGCAGCUGAUAUCUUUUAUACAGUUUGCUAACCCAGAGACGGGUGUACCAGAGGUCCAUUUCCUGUCCAUUCAGGAUGUCCUGGAAAACUCAACAUCAGCGAAUGCAGCGACCAUUGUGAAACUAAUCAGAGAAGAAUUGUCAAAAGAUGGUUUGGAUAUCAACAAGCCUAGCAGUCCAGCCAGUGAUGGGGCAAGUGCCAUGACAGGCUCUCGCAAUGGGGUGGCAGCCAAGCUGAGGGAAACAGUCCCAACCCUCAUUAACAUCCACUGUAUCUGCCAUCGCCUCGCUCUUGCUUGCAAUGAUGCAAAUGACAGCCUGGCCUCAAUAUCGCAAGUAGAAACUGUCCUUCAGCAGCUGUGGAGUUUUUUUGAAAACUCUGCAGCAAGGUCAGCAGUUUACGUGCAAAUUACCUCUGAGAUGAAGGAACUUGAAAGCAUGUCUGAAAAGAGCAAAUAA